AUGCUGGACAAUACGGAAGGCAUGACGAGAUCUCGACGGCCAUGCCUUCUGGUGUUACUGUAUUUGGUGGCGCUGCUGGGAGCUGGCAAGGAGGCAGCGGCAUCUGCUGCCUCUCGGAGGCUGCAGCAGGCUGCGGCGGGUGCGGCCUGCCAGAGCCACAACGUGGUACCCAUCAAGCGGGGUGCCACAUCAAACAGCCUGGACCUGCUGGAGCGCAAGAAGAGGGCGAGCCAAGGCGGGGACUUAUUUGACGUACAGGCGGUCCUCGCCGAGCUGACGUGUCCGGACGCUCUCCAAGCGUUCAAUCGGCUCGAAAAUGAACUGCCCACGUAUGGCCAGGGGAUCCUUGCCGAGUACAACGCCUCUACCCCGGACCUCUGCUUCGACUACCCGACCUGCACCGGCGUAAUCAAGACUAAGGCGGUCGACUGGCAAGCCCCUCAGGGCAGCGACAUGUCCUCGUCCUGGGCAGUUCUCGAAGUACAAGACGCUCCAGUGUCGCAGUUCUCGAUCCCGAUCCCAGCCGCCGACACGCUCACCCCUCUCAUCCCAGGCCUCACCCCGAACACCGCCGUCCAGUAUCAGAAGCUCGGCAACCCGGUCGUUCGCGUGAAACCGGCGGGUGCCGCCCAGGCGAAUGACCCCGGGUGCUACAUGUACGUGGAGUACCCCCCCUCCGCGGUGGCGGACGCCCGCACCGCGAUAGGGACGCUGAACGCCAGCCUGAAGCUGCCGCCCUUCGGAUCCCUGGCCACUCCGCCCGGCAGGCGGCUCCUCCAAGUCGACGGGCAGGCGACCGCGAACUGCGUCGGGUCAACCGUCGCGCUCGCGGGCGCGACCGUCGCCGGCGGCGCCGCUUGCGUCGUGACCUUCGGCGGGGCCUGCGCCGGUGCGGUGCUCGUCGGCGUCGGCGCGGGCAUCAUGGCGGGGGCCAACUGCCAAGCCGCGGUCGAGAAGAACAAUGCGGGCUGUUUCCCCGCGGCCGCGACCGUGGAAAUGCAGGGAGGUGCGCGCAAGAGGAUGGACGCAUUACAACUCGGCGACAAGAUUCGGAGCGUGGAUCCUCUGACGGGCGCGGCGCGCUUCGAGGAAGUCUACCUGUUCGGCCAUCAGGACAGCGCCACGUCAGCAGACUACGUACACUUGGACAUCCAAUGCCCAGGCGCACCGGGUGGGGUUCCCGGCGACAACCUCACCCUCAAACUCACUCCCGGACACUUCCUUCCGGUCGCCCCGGAAGGCCGUGGCAAGUGGGGGGAGCACCGCCUGGUGCCCGCCAUGCGCGCGCGCGCGGGCGCGCGCGUGUGGGCCGCUGCCCCCGGUGGCGUCGCUCUGUGCCACGUGGCAGCAGCGGUGAUGUCGCCCAGCACCGGUCUGUUCAACCCGUACACUCGGAACGGGCUGCUGGUGGUGGACGGUGUGGUGACGUCAGCGCACAGCGACUGGUUCCUGGAACGGUUCGUACCGGCCAAGUACGAGCACCUGAUCCCAGCGGCGUACCAGGCAAUACUGGCCCCGGUGAGGGGGCUGUACGGAAUGAUGGGGCCUGCGAGGGCGCGCCACGUGCAGGAGGAGUGGGGGCUGGUGGAGCUCUUCGCUCGCGGCAACGUCGAGCCGUUCAAAGGAUGGGUGACGUCAGUGUAA